AUGGGUAUUCUUUAGGCGUCAAAAAACGCCUGUUAAUUAGUUUAAAUUGAACCAAAUGAAGUAAUAUUUCAAUCGAAUCAAUUAUUAUUCGAAAGUUCUUAGAAAGACUUUUAAAAUGUUGGAUAAAAUAAUUAUAGCUUAAUUACAGAAAUAGUUAAAAUUCCAAAUAGGUUUGAAGGGAGAUUGAUUUCAUCAUUAAUUAUUGAAUCAAUUAAUAUUGGGUCUAAAUUUGGGAAACUAUUUUGCUAAUUGAUAAAACAUUAGGAUUAUUUUAUCAAUUGUAUAAGAGAUAUAAAUUUUUAUGGAGAUGGGAAUGAAUAAUUUGAUUUUUCUAAUUCUUUUACAGUAAAUUUACCUAUAGAUUAAGCCGAAGUUGGCGAAGAAUUCUUUCAUCAAAAUUUUGUAGAAUUUCUUAUCUUUUGUUUUGACAACAAUUACUUGAAAAUACACAGUAUAAAUAUUGAGAAUAAUGAGUCUUUAAAAUAUGAAUUUCAAAUAAUAUAUUAAUUAGAUGAUAAAUGUAGAAAAAAAUACUUCCAAAAAGACUUAAAUUAUUUUUUCAUCGCUUUUUACUAAUGUUCAUUUUGGGGAAUUGUAUCAAUUAAGGAUUAUCUAAUAUCGGAUAUCUUAAAUAAAUAUUCUUUUCAAAAUUUUGUCAAUGUAUCUGAAACAAAUAUUUAUAAUGUGUAAUUUUGCAAUUAAUAAAAAUACUCUCAAAUUGGGCUUUAUCUAAUAAUUGAAAAUGGAUACUUUGAGUUGAUUAUUGAUGAUCAACAAGUAGUUUAGAAUUAUUUAUAAUUUUACGAAUAAGAUGUUAAAUUUAGAGAGAUCAUAUUUGGAUAAUAUUGUUAAAUAGUUUUAAAUAUAAUCCAUCUUUAAUCAAGUAAUAAGACUAAAAUUUAAUAGGAAUCAUUUUCUGAUGAAUUCGAAGGUACUCCUCUUGAUAUUUAAUUAUUUUAUGAAGCACUUUUUGUUUAAUAUUAAAAUGAACUUCUUGUCAUUUAUAAUAAAUACUUUAGAUAAAAUAUCAAAAUAAAUGAUUCACAUUUUGUUUUUUAUGAUAAAUUUAACUUGAUUCAAUAAGUUGAUUAAAUUAGCAAAUAGAUUUAUAUUUAUAAAUUUUCAUUUCCAAGAAACAUACUUAAACCCAGCAAAUAAUAUAUUUAUCUAACUUCAAGCUAAUUUCGCUCUUAAAUUCAAACAGUAGAUUGCAUAGAAGUAAAAAAAGUAGUCCCUUAAACUUUUGGUUAAUUUAAAAUUAUUAUUUUUGAAAACCAAUGUUAGAAGUAAGUUGAUUUUCUCUAUUCUAAAGCUGGAUUAUAUAAUUAAUAAGAUUUAAAAGAAUUUUACCAAAAUGAAACCUUGCUUAAAAUUUCAGAUAGAAUAACUAUAAGUUAAAUAUGUCCUAUGAUUUAGAAAAUAAAAAAUUUGAACAAUUUACUUAUGUAUUAUUUUUAUUUCAACGAAUAACCGCAUUACAUUUCAAAAUUAGACAAUAGCUAUCAUAUAUAAAAUUGUUUUUCAACAAGUUAUACUAGAAUAAACAUAGAUACUUCAGUAAUAUAAUAUAAUUUAAUGGCCAUGAUAACUAUAUUCUCAUACUAAAAUCAUAUCGUACAAGUGCAAAAAGAGAGAAGAUUUUUUAAAUUUAUCAGCAUUAAUGGAUUAAAUAGGAUAGUAUAAGAAUGAAAGUUAAAAGCUAAGUCUUAAGAAUGAUUCAAUUUUAAGAGCUCCUGUUGGUAUUUACUCAAGAUUAUCAAGACUCUUGUAUAAUGAAUAUAAAAUUUGCUCGAGUUUUCUUCUACGAAGAUAUGUUUAAAAUCUUAUAUUAAAUAUUUUAUUAAGAAAUUUUAGAAAAAGACAAAAUAGAAAAUGAUUAAACAGAAGCUUUUUUUUAUUAAUAAAACAAUCCAUCAUUUAUUUAGUAUCAGCAGUAGAUCAUAGCUAUUCGUAACAAAAAAUACAACACUUACAAGACUAAUAAUAUCUAAAUAAUUAUCUUAAAGCUAAUGAUAAAGGAUUUUUACUAUUUUUUGGGUUUACAUCUUUAUAACAAUGAUAUUAUUGAACAUUACUUUGAUUUGGAAUAAAUAUCAAUUUUUAAUAAUUACACAUUAUUAGGAUAUGAAUUAAUUAGACCAUUAAAAUACGAAAUUUAAAAUUAAUAUCUUGCAAUAGGUAUCAAGAAUGGUUCGGAUAAAUUUAUUUAAGUAUUUGAAAUUUAUUUUACAAAACCUUUCAAGUUGAUUAAUGUUAUCUAGAUUAGUAAAUAAUAAUUCUUCUUCAAAGAUUAUUAAUUAUUUUUUUAUGAUAUGA